AUGUCCCUCCAAACAACCCUAAUAACCCACCAAACCCUCAAAAUAGCACACCUAACAAUCUCCCGCCCCAAAAAGCUCAACGCCCUGAACACGCCCCUCCUCCGCCAAAUCCCCGAAGCCCUACGCAACCUCUCCAAAACCCCCAACCUGCUCGCCGUCACGCUCACCGGCGCCGGCGACAAGGCCUUCAUCGGCGGCGCGGACCUCGCCGAAAUGGCCGCGCUGUCAUCACCCGCCGCCGCACGGACGUUUAUCUCGCACGUGCAUGCGGCCUGCGAUGCGCUGCGCAGGUGUCCUGUGCCGGUGAUUGCGCGCGUGAACGGGUUUGCGCUGGGGGCGGGGCUGGAGAUUGCGGCGGCGUGUGAUGUGCGGGUUGCGAGUCGGAGGGCGGUUUUUGGGAUGCCGGAGGUGUGUCUUGGGAUUCCGUCUGUUGUGGAGGCGGCUCUGCUGCCCGGGUUGAUAGGGUGGGGACGGACGAGACAGCUUUUGUUGUUUGGGGGGACGGUUUCGGCGGAGGAGGCGCUGCGGUGGGGGCUUGUGGAGAGGGUUGUUGGGGAGGGGGAGUUGGAUGGGGCUGUGAGGGAGUUGACGGGGCAGUUGGCGGGGAAUGGGUUGCUUGCUGUGCGGAGGCAGAAGGCUUUGAUAUCUAGAUGGGAGGAGCUGUCGCUGGGGGCGGGGAUUGAGGCGGGGGUGGAGGCGUUUGGGGGAGUGUUUUGA